GUAGAUUUCAAAAAUGGCAGCCCUAGUCAUAGUUUGGUGGAAGCAAUCAUGACUAAUGAACUUGUGAGUUAUUUUCAGAAUGAACGAUCAAGGCAAUUCUUGCCCAAAUCUGAGCCUGUAUCUGCAACUGCCUUCUGA